UUCAUUCGCUAGGUGAAGCAAACAAGGCAAUGUGAGGUUAGGAAGGAUCUUGGUGUGACCACCCUCAUGGAAGUCACGAAAAGAAUAUGAUCGGAUUGUUUUGUCGCUUUACUCGAAUGAAUAGGCGGAAAUGAUGGUAUAAACUCGAUUAGGGUCCAUGUUCUAAUACGUGUAAAAACAUUUAUUGUGUGUCAGCUUUUAUUGGAGAUUACAAUAAUAACAUUCAAAAGAGGACUUCUACAACAAUAAGUUAUGGCUUUAAAUAAUGCAAAUGCGUCAUGGAUACUAGCAGUGAUUGUCGUCGUUUUCAACACCAAAUGUUCCUCAGUCAACCUUUGUCCCAAUACACCUUGUUUGUGCACAAAUACAACUACCGACUGUUCUGACAGGAACUUGGAGUCUUUGCAUCAUCUCGAAAAUCAGCUUCCAAUAACAACUACAAAUUUAAUCCUGUCGGGAAACACUUUUACGAAUAUCAGGACAGCCUUUUUAAAACCCAUCGAGUCACUGAAAAUAGAGAGGUUAAGUCUUAGCAGAUGCCAAGUGAAAUAUAUAUCACCUGAGGCUUUCCUUUCUGUCCCAAAUAUCAGACAGCUUGAUCUCUCUAAAAAUAACAUUUCUUACAAAAAUACUCGUCUGGUUUUAGAGAAGUUGAACAGCUCAUGUAUAGAAGCCCUAAACAUAUCGGACGUCAAACAAGCACCGUCUACACUUCCUGUAAAUGCGUUCGAGAGUUUAGAAAGAAACAGUUCUCUCAAUUCUCUCCAACUCCAAAACUGGAACUUGGUCAAUGUUAGUGGAUUCUCUUUCCAGAAUCUCAACAAUUUACGUACUUUAGAUUUAAGUAAUAACAAGAUACUUGCAAUGAAUAUGGAGGGACUUCACAACGUCUCCCGUUUGAACCUAACGUUAAACGAACUUUCCGGCAUUCCAAAUAUGUGUGAUGCAAAAAACAAAUCGUUAGUUCCAAGACUAAAGAAAAUGUGGCUAGCAAUAAAUCACAUUUCAGACUCGCUUGAAUUCUAUCGCCAAGGUCAUUGUUUACCAGAGUUAAAAUAUCUAAAUUUAUCUUUCAAUGCCAUCAGUAUCAUUAAAAGUAAUGCUUUUUCAACAAUAAGAAGUCUGGAGAAAUUACGAUUAGAAAAUAUGUUAACUUACGAUCUGUUGAUUGAAGAGGAGGCUUUUCGGUCAAUGUCUCUCACUGCAUUGUUCUUUGGCAGUCCAAAACGAGUUACAAAAGAAUUGCUGCGAUAUAAAACUAUUUUCAAAAAUUGUCCAAAUCUUCGAACAUUAGAUAUGUCGAAUUUUGACUUUUCAAAUUUUGACAAGGAAGAUUUUUAUAAAAUGUUACUACCUCUGCAAGAUCUUCGAGAACUUAUGUUACGGCAUUGUUCCUUAAACUUUGCUCCAUUUAUUUCGCAUCUUCCCCAUCUCAAGUCUCUGAAUUUAAAUGGAAAUUUUAUACGUCAUAUUCAUCAGGAUUUGUUUGAAAACAAUUCAGUCAUCAGUGAAAUAAUUCUUCGUAAAAAUCAACUCACCUCUUUGCGAGAGGAAUCAUUUACAGAUGAAAUCUGGAAUAACCCAAAUCUUUCCAUAGACGUCUCGUUUAACCCUUUUGCCUGCGAUUGCGACCUUGAAUGGUUCAUUAAGUGGUCUAAAAGAAAUAGAAAACACGUUCAAAAGUACAAAGAUAACCAAUGCGAUUCACCAAAAGAAUGGAAAAGUAGAUUUAUUGGAGAUAAUUUGCAUUCCCUAGAAAUGAAAUGUCAUGUGUUGAAUCGUACUAUUGUUAUAGGCGCGACGAUUGGGUCAUUUGUGUUUGUUUUCUUGUUUAUUUUCGUACUUAUUAGAAAAUUCCGAUGGGACAUAUUAUAUUAUAUACAUAACUGUACCCAUGGAAGACGAAGGGGAUAUCAGAGACUUGUGGACAGAGGUACUAAAGAAUAUGAUGGUUUUGUUGCAUAUAAUACGCAUGACCGAAAGUGGAUAAUGUCAGAGCUCGUCGACAUUUUGGAGAAAAAAGAAAACUACAAGUUGUGUCUUCACGAAAGAAACUUUCUACCGAUAGGUUCUCAUGUGGAUAAUAUUUUUGACAACAUAGAAUCUAGUUGUAAGCUUAUUUUAGUUCUUUCGAAUAAUUUCAUGGAAGAUCAGUGGUGUCAAUUUGAAACUAUAAUAGCAAACCACCAAUUAGCCGAUGGAAAUAAAGACAACAUUCUUCUCAUUCUUUUGAAUGAUAUAGAUUCCAAACAUUUCACAAUAGCUCUUAAAACAUUGUUAAAAGAAGCUGAAAGUGUCGAAUGGACUACAAAUGCUAACGGGAACAAAUUAUUUUGGAAGAGACUGGUAUUAUUCAUGCGUAAAUGAAUAGGUUUUGACGAAUGUUGUAUACCAAAUACUUUUACUUUUCAGAAGAAUUUUUAGAAUGUAGGUUUUGUUUUUUGUUUGUUGCUGAUUUUUGAACUCUUGGUACACGUGACCAAAAAUGAUUUAAGAGAUCAUGAACUUUUCUUUAUCAGAUAGGUUCCGAGCAAAUUACUAUAGAUCGUCAGUCGAAUAAGGUUGAUCUUAGCAGCUUUAUUGCCAAUGAUGCCCAUUUGUUUAGUUUCUUGAUUGUUGGGUCAAAUUAGAACUUUGGAAAUCACAAAUCUUAUUUUUAAGAUAAUGAAUGUCCCCUCUAUGUAUUAAAACUAUUCAAAAAAUGUCAUCUCUUUUCGCAUCCAGUAAUGUCACACAAUACCCGUAUUUUAUCAAUCAUUUUAUCAUCAUAUCAAUUUUAACAUUUAUGUACAUUCUAUUCUUAUAAAAUGAACAGAUUUUAAUUUGAUUGAUAUAUUUAUCGGGCGUCAAUUGAUGCCAACAUUAACAUAUUUUGGUUUAUCUUUUGUAUAACUGUUAGUUUUGAGCAUGAGAAAUAUUGGUAGAAUUAAAAUUCAGCAAAAUUCCCUAAAUGUUUCAAUCUUAGAAAAAAGAAAAUUCUCUGUGGUAUAUAACAUAUAUGUCAAACCAUUUACAUUGUAUGUACAUUUCCGUGUCGAUAAGAAGAUUUCUGCCAUGGACACAAGACACAAUUACAAGGAAAUAGUUUUUUAAGU